AGGUGUGUCGCUGCUCCUUUACCUGCUCACCUGUCCUGCCUUUCAACACCUCCGUGCCACCCAUGAGUGAGUUUCUCCGGAGGAGGCAUCAAAGUUUCCAGCCACAUGCUUCAUGACCACAGUGCGGGACAUUUAGUCAAGGCUCCAUCGUUCCCCGAGUACACCUAGGGGACAUUUUCCCUGUUGACCUGAGUUUGCUCCUUUGAGUUAAGACUGUCUACACGAAAACCUCCACCAUAAUGGACCAGUAAGAUAAUCCAGUAACAAUCCAAGGUCUGCAUGAGAGAAACCUAAGAGAUACACUCGACUGGCAGUGUGUUAAACAAGAAGGUCCCAAGGGAUUCAAAACAGACAACCGGCAUCUCAGUAAAGAGAACUGAAAAGCAGCAGACUCUUCUGUUGUCUUCUCCUUCCCCCAAAGCUCAAUGCUUUAACUGAGCAUGUGUCAUAAAGAGAGGACAACUCACAAGCAAAGAUGAACCCUUAUGUCACCUCACACUUUAGGAGGGAUCUUUUUCCCCAUUUCCAUUUGUUGUAGACUUUUGUCGACCCUGCUGUUACUGGUCGAAUGAAAUGGGCUCUUCUAUAUUUGUACAAUUUUAGCAAUAGUUGCUGUCUAUUGUUGCUCUUGUGUGUUGUUCUUGCACUCGCCACAGUGUAGGGUUUGAUUGUGUCUGCUGAUCCAAACAGACUGGAUAACCAUACUCUUGUAUACUUGUCAGGAUUUAGCAGUAGAGUUCUCUGGAAAUGGUUGGGCAAGGUAAAUACUAACACUACAAGUAUACCUGAUAUUUUUGCACAUUUCUCAGUUUUUCUAUAUAUUAAGGAAUAAUGUAUGCAAAUGCAUGAUUUUUUAGAUUAAGUAUUUUUGCUGCACUACAUUAUCCUGCGUGUUAUUUCCGCACUAGAUCUGCAUAUGAUUUUGUUUGUGGAUCGUCUCUGAUGUUCAUGUAGCCUUUUGUGAACUGGUUCAAACAGAUGCUGAGUUAGAGAGCCAACAAUCUAGGCCAGCUGGUCUAUCAACUUUGGCACCAGGCCUCCAGAACAAAUGUUGAAAACUUCCCCAGGUGACCUGUGUGCUUACCAUUUCCCUCCAUAUAUAUCUUCCACUUAAAGCUGAGAGCAUGAGUAAUAUUGGAGAUAGAUCAAAGUAAUCUCUCUCUUUCUCUGUCGUUUUCUUCCCUUCUUCUUAUCUUUUCUCAGCCGUAAUGCUGAACUCUAAUGAGGUAUGUCUGCUCUGAGAGACUAACUGUUGCAGGUGAUUGCUAACAGCCGUGUAGUUCAGGUCAAUAUUAUCUAGGCAGUCAUUCGGUCAGUCAGUACACAAAGCAAGUCUUCACCAAAUCAACAAUGGCGAUCAAACAGAUAUGUCGACCCUUUGAAAGACAAUGUGAAAUUGUUAAAGCAGUGACAUGACUGAAAAGGAAAUGGCAAACAAAACAUGGUUCUUUCAGUUGGGACCCUCUUGUUAGGUAAAAGUGACGUUUCCUUAAUUUGUAAAGGAAGACUAGUUAAAGUCUGAUGAAACUGAUACAUUGUGUAAACCUGCUUAUUAAAUUGUCUGUACUGUAUUCAGUGCUUUAUCCAGAAUGUAUUGGCACUGAAUUGUGAAUGAUGAUUUACUGAAAUUACUGUAUUCUUUGUUUUUCUCAUGCCCAUACCAAGAAGUUGUGAAACUGCAAAGAACUUUGAUCGUAAGAAUUAGCAUGUUUUUUGUGCUUUUCUUGACAGCAUGUUAAAAAUGAUUUUAUCAUAUCAUCCCAUUUAAAGUCAAUUUGAUCUGUAUGCACCUUGUCACAGUAUUAUGCAAGGUAUCCUGUAAUGAGCUGUAUAUCCUUGACAUGUUUCCUACUCGCAUUAUCCUUUUGUAGCUUUUAUCAAUUGAUACCUGCUCGUGGCUUCCCCUUUACUGUUUUGGACUGAACAGAACCAAUCCUGCAUGCUUUUGUGAUGUCUGUUGAGGUCACUCCAGCCCUACAACUCCUUGUCAAAUUAGUUCUUGCAAACGGGAGGUAACAGUAAUAGACUCCUUAGGCUACUGCUGACAUCUUUCUUCUAAGCUCGCCUCACGUUACUUACCUUAGUGAGUAUUAUCUUUAAGGACAUUGGUUGCUAAUAAAUACACCUGUGGACCUAAUUCAAGAAAGCCCACUUUGUUGCUGAGGGAUCUAUCACAAGUUGGGAAAAGUAAACAAGUGUUUGAUGUCCAAUGGCCUUGGAGGGAAUUAUCCUCUUGUUGGCCACUAUAGACUUGCAAUUAUCUCUUCAAUAAGACAGAUUUAAAGACUGACUGUGUUGUGAAGCUCCACAGACUUUUGACUUAUCAACAAUCAAAUCAAGGCACACUGUGGAAUACUGAGUAACUGAACUUCUCCAUAAGAGAGAGGAGACUUAAUAGUGCAUGAUGGGGGCGGCACGUGUGAAACGCCGUUUCAGUGCUGUGGUUGAUGGGCCUGUGGAGGAGGAGGAGGUCAUGAGGCUGGCACAGAGUGCUGCAGAUACGGCUAGGGCAGGGGGGAGUCCAACAGGGUCAGGGACCCCAACCAGCCCCUCCCCGAUCCAUGCCCUGAACGGCAGAACUCUACCUCUCCAAAGCAACACCAACAAUGCGCGGAGGCAGAGUGCCAUUGGAGAGUCAGUUGGAGGAGAUGCAGGAGAAGGCGGGGUGAGAGCAGGAGGAAUGUGCUCAGGGCUAAGGAGUGGAAGAGGCAGUAGUGUAGGAGGAAGAGGUAAAGGCCGGUCAUCCUCUGACCAGGAUUCACUCUCUUCCCCCUCCACUACCAGACGCCGGCGCACCAGGCGUUCAAGCCGCCGGCCCCGACAACGCUUUGUGGGCAAGGACGGACGCUGCAACGUCACCUUUGUCAACAUGAGCGAGAGGGGCCAGCGCUACCUCAGUGACCUUUUCACCACCUGUGUGGACAUCCGCUGGCGUUGGAUGUUGGUCAUCUUCACCCUCUCCUUCCUUCUCUCCUGGCUGUUCUUUGGAUUUGCCUUCUGGCUUAUUGCCUCCAUGCAUGGGGACCUUUCCAUUCGGCUUACCCCCAGCUCAGGUUCCUCCCUGGGAUCAGGAGAGGCUGGGUCUGGAGGAGAGUCUGAUAGAGAGGCAGUUGUUGAGGAGCCGUGCUUCCUCCAGGUGAACAGCUUCAUGGCGGCCUUUUUAUUCUCCUUGGAGACGCAGACAUCCAUUGGUUACGGAUUCAGAAGCGUGACCGAAGAAUGUCCCCUGGCGGUGAUGGCGGUCGUUUUGCAGUGCAUUUUGGGCUGCAUUAUUGACGCCUUCAUCAUCGGGGCAGUCAUGGCAAAGAUUGCCAAGCCCAAGAAGCGCAACCAAACAUUGGUGUUCUCUGACACAGCUGUGGUGGCGCUGAGGGAUGGGAAACUCUGCAUGAUGUGGAGGGUUGGAAACCUCCGCAAGAGCCACCUGGUAGAGGCGCAUGUUCGAGCACAACUACUGAAGCCAAGGGUGACGGAAGAGGGAGAGUUCCUCCCACUGGACAAUGCUGACAUCAACGUGGGUUUUGACACUGGCACUGACCGCAUCUUCUUGGUCUCGCCAGUUACAAUUGUCCACGAGAUCAACGAUGAGUCACCCUUCUUCGAGAUUGACCAAAAGACUCUGGAGAAUGAUCCUGACUUGGAGGUAGUGGUCAUACUCGAGGGCAUGGUGGAGGCUACAGCCAUGACCACACAGUGCCGUAGCUCCUAUCUGGCUUCUGAAAUCCACUGGGGACACCGAUUUGAACCAGUGCUCUUUGAGAAGAAAGACGGCUACCAGGUGGACUACUCAUUCUUCCAUCGGACGUAUGAGAUCCCAAACACACCUUCAUGCAGUGCUAAAGAGCUGGCUGAGCAGAAGUACAUUCAAAGCUCAUGCUCGUCAUUCUGCUAUGAGAACGAAGUGGCUCUGCAACUCGUCUCCCCAGAUGAUGAGCCUGACAAAGACCCUGAGUGUCCCUCCCCACCGACCCGAAAGCAGUCCCUGGCAGAACAUCUCCACUAUAACUGAACCCCUGAGAUAGGAGGCCUUAAGGAGAAAAAGACAGGAGGAUGAAGAUUUUAGAGGAAGAAAAGGCAAAACAAAAGGGUUAGACAGGUAGAAAUCUGCAGACCAAGAGAGACAGGAAUGAGAGUAGAUAGGACCAAGGAAUUGCCAGUGUCAGGAUAAAAGAUAGGGAGUCCAGAAUAAGAGCAAGUUAUUUAGAGAAGUUCUACUCUACAGAUUAACACAGAAAAAACGAAAGCAUAUGGACAGAUAGAGGAACAGCUUGGGGUCAGUCUAUAGGGGAGAUGGCUUACAACACUGACCAAGUUGUCUGAUUGGUCCUGGCAAUCUUUAAAAAUCAUUAAAAACUUGUCUGCUAAGUCUCUUAUUUGGCCCAUCACUACCACAACCAACCUGCUCAUCUGUCUUUAAUGCCUGGCAGAAUACACAACAUCACCCCAUGGUGGCUCUAGCUUGGAACUGCAGCCUUCCAGUUUGAUAAUCGUGACCUCAAUAUGAUGUGGCUUCUCUAUGAAAUGAAUGGUAGUGUACCUACUGUGGUACAACUCAGGAAUGUUUUCCACUUUACUGAUUUAUCAUCUAAAUGCUCUAUUUUCUUAUGGUAAGUAUGAAUAGUGCACAUUUUGUGAUACUUUGAUCUUGGGGCAGUUGAGUUGAGUAUUAUGCCAGGCUAUACUCCUAGAGCCAAAGCAGAGCAACAGUAACAUAGAGAAACAGCUGAAAACUAGCAGCGGUUUUGAGCAGUUCCUUUCCAUGUUACAUGCUGUAUGUUGUUUGUUUUUUGGCUUUUUUGUGUCAUGAAAAAAAGGUGCACUGAUUGUAUCUUGCUUAUUUAAUCUAACAUUUUAUAUUGAAGUAAUUGGCAUGUGGUCAGAGGAAGCAUGGGUUUGUUAGAAAUGAUGAUAGAUGAUAAAGUUUGUGUCCAGGCAAGUUAUUACCAUACAUUUUUUUCUUGCACUACUAUCUACAUACAGUAUUGUCUCUGUUCUGUGUUGCUAAAAUCAACCACACUGUAUUGUUUUGCUUUGUUACUUUUGGAUUCUAGCACUUAGUGACUGUAAUGUUUUAAGUGUCUUGGCACUUGGAAGACCCUUGACAGUUCGGACUGAAUCCAAGGCAAAAUGGGUUGCUCUCACUUACUCUGUGUCUAUAAGAAUAAAACAGCUGUCUAAAAUCUGCACACGGGAUAAGGAUUGAACUGGAACUUCACCAUGUUCAUAAAUAAUCCUGUAUUUUUGUUCCCAUAAAAUCAUGUGACCAUACUGUAAUUCUAAUGUGUUACAGUUGGUUUCUGUCACAAAUUGUGUGAACAGUGUAGUGAGUGGUGCCUUCAUAACAAACCAGAGAUAUUGCAACUGGCCCUUCAUCUGCAGCAGUUAAUUUCAUGUUUAAAAUGUGCUUUUAUUAUGUGUAUUUUCAUGAUGAUACUUAUGCAAGUGUUUUUUUUUUCAGUCACUUUAACGUUCACAGUAUGUUGUUCUAGGUAGACAAAAAUGUCUAUGCAAAUUAAUUACUGUGAAUCUGCUCAGUAACUGAGUAGUCUCAAUAUAAACAUGCACUUAAAGAAGCUUAAAGCUGUAUUGUAUUGUAGAAUAUUUAAUAGUUGCACUUUGUAGUUAUAUUGAAAAGCACCUGGAAUGUUCUUGUUUAUUUUAGAUCCUGUAAUAAGUUGCAGUAAAUUAUGCCACCUGAGUAUUUAAGUGUUUGAUUACAGGUAAAAGAAAAUGUAACUCAGUGUCAGGAGUGCAACAUGAUAUUUAGUGUUGACCAAUAAUCAGCCUGACCAACGCACAACCUGGAAACUUGUUCUUUGUACUUUGCACAAAAGUAAUACAUGAAGACUAAUAUCACUAAAGAAGCUCUAUAACAGCACAGUAGUGUUGCUGGAUCAGUACAGGUUAGCCACAGUGCAUCAGUCACAGUGUUUCACUCCAGUUGUUGAAAGAUUUAUUCAUGGUUACCUCAGGGAGGUUGAGGUAUUGAUAACAUAUUUCCGUUACAAUUAGUGCUAUUCAAUGUUUGUAUCCCCCCUUACAUUUCUCCUUCAUGGCCACCAUGUUCUAUUUAUAGGCUGCACGGUGGGUCAUGUCACUCACCCUGCCUCCACUUCCAUGAAAUGUAACUUGACCUUUCAGCAACGUCACUUUAACGAUAGCACUUUUUAAACACCCCAGAAAGAAAUAGACAGAUAGAUCUGGUCAUUUCACUGGUCGCUUAGGAUUCACAACUCAGACACUACAUUUUUAAAUCAUAGGUAUUUAUAAUAUACAUAGUGUAAAAUACAUAGUAUACUGUAAUACUACAUACAUUUUUAAUGAACUAGUGACAUGAAACCAAUAAAAGCUGUACCUACUUUCCUUGGUUACUCUUCUAAAGAGAAAGGGAAACCUCUCUUCUCCAACAUUGAACUGUAAUUUCAGAGCUGCCUCAGGCACAGAGCACUUCCAAAUGAAACUGAACUGUGUUGUAGAGCGAAUAAAACACAGGGAUUUAUUUGCAAUUAUUGUGUGCUUCUUUA